AUGGCUCUGUACGGGGCGCCUAUCUGGGCCGACUGCCUGACUGCCGAAAACCAAGCCCAAUUGCGGAGGCCGCAGCGGGUCAUGGCAGUCAGGUUAGCGAGGGCAUACCGCUCCGUCUCCCAUGGUGCAGCCUGCGUGCUGGCGGGGACUCCACCCUGGCACCUAGACGCUGAGGUUCUGGCCGACGUUUAUUGGCGUGUCGCCGAGGCGCGGGCCAGGGGAAUUCAACCACUUCUGGAGGAGGUAAGGCAGUGGAGGCUUGACUCCUGCCUACUGCUCCUUCAGAAGUGGAAGGAGAGUUUGGAGGCCCCCGAGUGCGGGCCACUGGACCAUUGA